AUGACGUCGCUACUUCGUUCUUCUGUCCUCCGGGGCGCCAUGCGUGUUCGGCCUUCUGCUACUGCUACCAUGAGCACCACUUUUGUCCGCACGAAGGCCACUCUCCCGGAUCUUUCGUACGACUAUGGUGCUCUCGAGCCGUACAUUUCGGGCAAGAUUAUGGAGCUUCACCAUAGCAAGCACCACCAAACCUAUGUCAAUGGCCUGAACUCUGCGCUCGCAACUAUUGACGAAGCUGAGGCCAAGGGCGACUUCCAUAAGGCAGCCCAAGUGGCACCCCUCCUCAAUUUUCACGGCGGCGGCCACAUCAACCACACUCUUUUCUGGGAGAACUUGGCGCCUGCCAGCCGUGAUGGCGGCGGAAGCCCAGAUGGAAAGCUUAAGUUUGCAAUCGAAAAAGACUUCGGUUCUACAGAGGUCCUCGUCAAGGACUUUAACGCUGCCCUCGCCGGUAUUCAGGGCAGCGGCUGGGCUUGGCUCGCUAAGGACAAGGCCUCGAACACGUUAACUCUGGUUACUCGUGCAAACCAGGACCCGGUGUCGGGAACGCUCGUCCCGCUGCUAGGCAUUGACGCGUGGGAGCAUGCCUACUACCUUCAGUACGAAAACCGCAAAGCUGAAUACUUCUCAGCAAUUUGGAAUGUGAUCAACUGGAAAACAGUAGCCAAACGAUUCGAGAAGGCAUAA